GUCCUAAAAGAAGAAAAGAACGCGGAGAACAUGGCUGACAAUAGGGAGAAGGGACUACAAGAUUACAGAAAGAAAUUGCUUGAGCAUAAAGAGAUUGAUGGGCGUUUGAAGGAAUUGAGAGAACAACUGAAGGAACUUACUAAACAGUAUGAGAAAUCUGAGAAUGAUCUGAAGGCUUUGCAGAGUGUUGGCCAGAUUGUUGGUGAGGUGUUAAAACAACUGACAGAGGAAAAGUUUAUUGUCAAAGCUACCAAUGGCCCUCGCUAUGUCGUUGGUUGUCGUAGACAGCUGGACAAAACCAAGCUAAAGCCAGGAACCAGAGUGGCACUGGAUAUGACUACCCUCACCAUCAUGAGGUAUCUGCCACGUGAAGUCGACCCACUGGUGUACAACAUGUCCCAUGAAGACCCGGGCAGCGUCUCUUAUUCGGAGAUUGGUGGAUUGUCUGAGCAGAUCCGUGAACUCAGAGAGGUGAUAGAGCUUCCGCUGACCAAUCCAGAACUGUUCCAACGUGUGGGCAUCAUUCCCCCAAAAGGCUGUCUGCUCUAUGGGCCUCCAGGCACUGGUAAAACCCUUCUAGCCAGAGCUGUGGCCAGUCAACUUGACUGCAAUUUCCUAAAGGUUGUUUCCAGCUCCAUUGUGGAUAAGUACAUUGGUGAGAGUGCCAGGCUGAUAAGAGAGAUGUUCAACUAUGCUCGAGAUCACCAGCCAUGCAUCAUCUUCAUGGAUGAGAUUGAUGCCAUUGGUGGCCGCCGUUUCUCCGAGGGAACAUCUGCAGAUAGAGAGAUCCAGAGGACACUCAUGGAGUUGCUGAACCAGAUGGAUGGAUUCGACACUCUACACAGAGUGAAAAUGAUCAUGGCUACAAACCGUCCUGAUACAUUGGACCCUGCCCUGCUGCGGCCCGGACGACUGGACAGGAAGAUCCAUAUUGAACUACCCAAUGAACAGGCUCGUCUGGAUAUCCUGAAGAUCCACUCAGGACCCAUUACCAAGCAUGGUGACAUAGAUUAUGAAGCGAUUGUCAAACUCUCGGAUGGUUUCAAUGGAGCAGAUUUGCGAAAUGUCUGCACUGAGGCUGGUAUGUUUGCCAUUCGCGCAGACCGUGACUAUGUAACUCAGGAAGAUUUCAUGAAGGCAGUACGAAAAGUGGCAGAUUCAAAGAAGCUGGAAUCUAAACUGGAUUAUAAACCUGUAUAAACUAUUAAUGUCACCGCCAGCUGCCAGAUGUGCAAUGUUUUGCCUUUGGGGAUAAUACACUUUGCCUUUUUGUUUUUUAAUUGCAGAAACUUUUGUUUUUGUGAACUGUUGAUAUUGACAUUGAUAUUAUCUAUUCUUAUCAGAAUGGCAUCGUCCAGCCUGCUCAGCUCUGGGCUAAUGCAUAUUGUGCAGUCUAAUGCAGUGACUCUUGGCUGAGUAUGUAUAAAAUGCAUACAAUUAUUUAGAACCAUUUGUACCAUUAUAAAUAAACAUGGUUUCUGCCUUGUUCAUCACAUAAUUAAAGUUUGAUACUGAA